AUGAUCCGGAACCACAAUAAUACCCGCCCCAAGGGCUUCGAUAACCGGCCACACGACCCUCCCAGUGUGGGUAUGCAGCGAGGCUCUGGUGGCUUGCCACCUGGUGGCCCUGGCGGCUUUCAGCAAUUCCAAUCGCUUCAGCAACAACAGCAGCCCCAGCCGCAGCCCCAGCCCCAGCAGCAACAGCAACAACCGCAGCAGCAGCAAGGACCGCAGAGCACGAACGGGACUGCAGAGGGUAGCGGGAGCAUGGGCGCGCCAGGGCAAGAGAUGAAUCUGGCAGGCGUGCUGCAUUACCUGCAGAGCGAGUGGAGGCGGUGGGAGAGAGAUAGGAAUGAGUGGGAGAUUGAGCGAGCAGAGAUGAGGGCUCGUAUCGCGUUGCUGGAAGGUCAAAGAAGAUCAGCAGAAAACUUGAAAGUAGAUCUGCUUCGACGUGUCAAGAUGCUCGAAUUCGCGUUGCGACAAGAGAGGACAAAGACUGUCAGUGUCGGCGGUAAGCCGCACAGCGUGCCCCCUGCUCGAUUGGCUGCUGUUCAGGAUGAAGACAAGCUUUCGAGUAGCGAGAAGGAGGGUAGUGGAAGUGAAGGGAGCCAAGAGGAUUUGCCCAAGCUUAACGGUAUUCACCCGGCUGCAAUCGGCAAAUCAUCUACCAUCGCCUCACGGUCCCAUCCCCUCGAGACGGGCCAGUGGAAGGGCAUUGGCGCAGCCGCUGCCAAGGACCCUAAAGCUCGGGCUAGAAGUCGAGAGUACUUGAAGCAAUGUCUGCAAGAAAUAACCUACCUCACCUCUCCUGGUGCUCUCAACCCUUUACCGCCCCAUCCUCCUGUAGACCCGUCUCUUAUCCCCGGCCCGGAUACAUCCGACCCCAGCAACCCUCAGCCAGACCCUUUCGACCGUCCACGGAAAGAAAUCAUCGAGGUGCCUUCUGCGCCUUUCCCUAAACCGCGACAGGAGCACAAGGAAAGUGAAGAGCUGCCCAAUGGCGAGGCGUCAACCCAAGGUGCACAGCCUGAAGAGAAACAGAUCCCUGCUCCGAUCCCUCCAAGGAUGCAAGAGAAGGAUAACAAACCGCCAUCGUCUCCUGCGCCGAAAAAGAUCGGUCUGCCUGAUGUCGCUAGCGAGACGGAACAGUCAAAGGAGAAUCAAGAGUCGGGGUUUGGGGAGCAGAAGCAGCUUCUGACGGCAAUCUAUAGACCGGAGAGUAAGACUGCUUGGAGAGAAGAAUUGCGAGCUGCGAACGAGGAGGCUGAAAAGGCAAAGCAAGAACGGAAGAAGCCGGAGGCUGAAGAUGACCAGCUUGCAAACUUGACCCUGGAGACAGAUGAAGAAGUCAAAACGGACGAGUCUGUCGACAAGGUUUGGGUGACCAAGCGGAGCUUGAAGAGCCAUCUGGAUAUCGUCAGAGCUGUUGACUUUGCGCAUGGGCCCGGGAUCGUGUUGGCGACUGGUGGGGAUGAUUGUACCGUCAAGGUGUGGGCGGUCGACCCAGCAAGUGUCAUGUCUCAUCGACCUGCGGCGCAAGAGGUCGACCCCAUCCAAACACUCCGUGGUCACACCGCCGGUAUCACAGCCGUCACCGUCUCCAGCUCCCUUUCCACCAUCUUCUCCGCUUCCCUCGACUCUACCAUCCGUCUCUGGAAACUCCCGCCGCACGACCACGAUCCCUAUGCUCCUUGGGAUCCGACCACUGCCAUCCAAACCCUCGUGGGCCACACGGAGGCGGUCUGGGAUAUCUGUUUACUGCCGUCACGCGAGAUUGCCAAACUCGGGAGGGAAGCCACCGAAGCCAGGCUCGUUUCUGCCUCUGCGGAUGGUAGCGUCAAGCUAUGGCAAAGGUCUGGCUCGUCAUCAGAAUGGAAACUCUCCAAGACGUUCAACUCUUUCGGGAGCGAUGCCAAGGGAACAGUGGUGCCCACGUCUUUGGCGGUGUACAACCUCGACUUUGGAAAGAUUUUGGUUGGUACAUCGGAUGGGACUGUUAGGCUGUGGGAUGUAGAUACCGGGGAGGAGGUGCAAGUGUUUGGUGGGAAGGAAGGUGAAGGGGAGGCUGCGGGGAGCCAGGUGAACGCCGUGCUGAGUCACCCGACGCUGCCAGCUAUCAUCACUGGUCACGAAGACGGGCAGCUGCGAUUCUACGAUGCCAAGUCUUCCUCAUCAUCAACCCACACCAUCCUCGCCCACCCCUCACCUAUAACAUCCCUCGCCCUGUCCCCCUCCUCGCCAACGUGCAUCCUCACCUCCUCUUCCGACUGCACUGUCCGGCUCUGGGAUCUGGGCAAAAAGACGUCCAUCCAAGAGCUUGCGGGGCACAGAAAGCGCGCAGAUGAAGGUGUUUGUGCAGUGGGGAGCCAUCCAGAGUUGCCUGUCGUUGCGAGUGUAGGAGCCGAUGGUGUAGUCAGGCUCUGGGGUUCCGCUUGA